AUGAAUACAAGCCAACCCGACAGUCACCAGCAACAACAACAACAACAAUCCACUAGCGGCCUACACGCCUACACGCAUCUCAGUGCCACCCUACUCACAGACCCCUCCCUCUCAAGUAUCCCGCUCCUCCCGCUCACAUCCACCUCUGCCCUCUCGCCGCUGCUCAAAACGUACAUCCGAACCAAUUCCGCGGGGCGCGCCGCGCGGCAGGUGCAGGAGCGACGACAACCCGACGACGCAUUCAACACGGCAUUCGAUCUAUUGCCACAGUGCACGGCGGCAGGAGCGGCUGUGGCACCGCUGAGCAGGGACGCACUGUUCCGGCUGACCGAUCUGUUCGGGUCGUUGCAUGAGUUGUCGGAUGUGGCUGUCAGGCACGAGCAGGGUGACGAGAGGGUGAGCGAAAAGGUAAAGAGGAUGAUGGGGUUGUUGGGAGAGCAGACGACAAGCGAUGUGCUGGAAUUCUGGGUUGAUGAGUGGGUGGCUGAUUAA